GCCGAGAUAUUUAGUCCUUAUGUUGGUGACAGUGAGAAAGCUGUAGUUGAACUUUUCAGGCCAGACUUGCUGCUCCCACAAUUCUUUUCAUUGAUGAAAUUGAUAGCCUUGUCUCAGCCCGUGAUAUGGAGGGAACAAAAACUAAUCAUUCUGACAAGGUACUUUCUGCUUUGCUGACAGAAAUGGACGGUAUGGGAGGGAAAGAGCAGGAUGGGUUAUGUUCAGGACAAGUGCUUGUUAUUGGGGCUACAAACAGACCAGGGGUUCUGGAUAGUGCCUUAACAAGACCAGGUCGUCUUGAUUCACACAUAUAUAUUCCUCCACCUGACAGAUUAACAAGGAUGAAGAUACUUGAAACUUACCUCAACAAAGUUCCAAACAAAGGAUUAGAUCUAGAAAAUAUUGCAGAAAGGACAGAAAACUACAGUGGGGCUGACCUUGAAAAUUUAGUCAAAGAAUCUGUUCUCCAUCUUCUUUCACAGGAGGGCAUGGAUGCCCUGGAGCUUAAAUCUGAACACAUGGAGACAGUACUAAACCUAUACAGACCAUCUCUACCUCAUAACCUAUCCCAGUACAUGCUUUAAUCAUGUACAGACCACACAUACCUUAAAUGGACUGAAAGUGUAAUUUCAAGGGACCCUCCGUGGAAAGAUGGCAAUGCCCGAUUCACAACAAUGGAAGGUCCCUCUAAGAAAGAACUGAAUGGCUGUGAAUUUUAUUAUUUUUAGUUUUUUUCUUAAUUUUUUAAUAAAUGCUUUUUAAUGAUAA